AUGAAUAAGUUUGAAACAGGAAUCAUGACAAUUACGUGGAACGGAAUCCUAGAAUGCUUGCAAGCGACUAGUGCUUCGCUGCAGUUGUCUGAUCAAGACCUUUAUACGGAAUAUGCGUCCAAGCAAUGCGAUCCACAUUUUCAGAUAUUAAAGCAAGAGCCAAGGAUACGAUCAACUGUGAAGAUUACCAGCAACAGACAUCAAGAUGAAUCAAGCGAAAUACAAAAAAUUCUUAACAAACGCAAGGAGUUGCAAAUAGCAGUUAAUACAGAACGAGAAAAAGAAAGACUAGCAAUUCUACAGUAUGGUAAAAUUAUUUUCUUAAAGAAUCAAAACACGGACUCUGAAAGGUCAAGACUAGGAAAAAAGAAGAGAAACCAGUCAUCGUCACCAGAGUCGAUAGAAGACAACCGCGACACCAAUAAAGUUAGAAAAGCAGCGAAAAAUUUAAAUAAAAACAACCACAUUGAUAAAUACUUAACAAAAGCAACAAAUUCAAAACGUCCCGCUUUAGAAGAUGGUACAGCAUCUCUAAACAUAGCAGAAUAA